AUGUCGGUCGGGCCACUUGACGUCUUGGCCGAAACGAAUCACCGACAGACGGUGAAUCGAUCGAUACCGGAUCCUGCGUCGAGGCGGCAGACGGCUACAACUCGAUAUCGAACGCAUCACCCGCAAAAGCCGUUUGCACUGCGAUGUUCGGCAUUGAACCGUAUCGCCUAUGGUCGCAGGAACAACGAAAUCUCCGUAGAGACUUACCAACACGAUUUAGCACGUCGGACCAUUUCUUAG